AUGCUUCUAUCUGAACUUCUCUCUCAUCUUUGUGUAUGUUCUGCAGGUCAACUUGCAGCAGGCACCUGUGAGAUUGUCACUUUAGACAAAGACAGCAGUCAGCCACGCAGGACGAUUGCCAGACAGACAGCUCGCUGUGCAUGUAAGAAAGGACAGAUUGCUGGGACAACGAAUGCCAGGCCGGCCUGUGUGGACGCUCGUAUCGUGAAGACCAAGCAGUGGUGUGACAUGGUGCCCUGUCUAGAGGAUGAAGAGUGUGACUUGUUAGUAAAUAAAUCUGGCUGGACUUGUACACAGCCAAGUGGCAGAGUGAAAACUACAACGGGUGUUAUCUGAUCAGCCAGGUGACCAGGUGUCCUAACAGUGGGAGGGGUUCCUGGAGCGCUACCAGACAAGGCCUCUUGCAGAUUUGCCCACCUGCUGUAGAUACUUGCUAUGUCUCAUCGGCUUGACACCUGCCUCUGCCUACCAGUCUGCGUCUCAGCUUUGUAAAUGGGCAGUACCCCCUUGUGCCACGGAGAGCAUACUAGAUGUUCACAAAGCGCCUCAUGGACAGCAGCAGCCUUGAGGAAUUUAUGAGCGACUCUGAGGCACCUACCCUGUUUGAGACUGAACCAAACAUAGGCUUUUUUGGGACUCCACCAGCGGUUCUGACCUAGACUGUGAACCAAGCCGCUUUUUGAACUGCUUUCUGCUGAAGUACAUUUUUGCCACUCAUUUUUACAGACCAAAGAGGAAAAAAUAAUGAUAUAAUACAGAAAUUUAAAAAAAUCCAUUGACUAUGUUAGCACGGACUGAGAGACAGACUUGAAACGAUUAAGACGGUGAAAAAAAAAAAUAUAUAUAUACCUAAAUGUAGAGAGGUAGAUAUAGAUCUAUGAAGACUUUGCUAUACAGCGGCGGUCUACAAGCAAAAAUGCUGACAUGGAACACUGAAACGACUGGGUUGACCAUUCCCAUUUAUCACAAUCUGAUGAGAACCUUUAAUAUUUUACAGAUUUCCUUGAAAGGAACUACCCACUGUAUUUCAAGGACAGCUAGGAUAUAGAUACUGUACACAAUCACAUCAACAAAUUUGUUUAGCAUUUUUCAGUAGCAACAUUUUGGACAGUUUGCAUUCAGCAUGGAAGGUUAAAUGGAACCGUACCCCAUUGUUUAUCGUCAGAAGAUAUUAAACAAGAACAUGAAAACUGUCAUUUCUGAUUACCAGGAGUGAGAUAUUGUAUGUCAUUAUAUGUAUUUUCAAAGGCCUACAAGUUAUAUAUUUAACAGUUUUAUAUGUUGUAUCUUUGUAGAGAACCUUAUUUAACAUGAAUAACAUUGUUAAACUGACAGAUCUAGAAUGUGGGUAAUGCUUUGCAGGCAUAUCUUAUUUUUUAUGUUCCAAUUAAAGUAGCAACUAUUGGCGCAUUAGAAACAUGACCACACACAGUCAAAAACAAGACCACAAGAAGUUAAAGUUAAAAGAGAAAAACGGACAAAACACAAAGGGAAGAAAUCCUGAAACAAAGUCACGGAGACUGCUUUUAGCUUUUGUAUCGUAAAGGUUCAGAGAAAAAGCCUUGUUGUUGGGUUUUGGGGAUUGAUUUUUUGUGCUUGUGUUUGUUUGCACAGUGCUCACCUCGAAGUCUUGACACCUCCAGAUACAGUUCAGAGAGUCUUAGAGUCAUUUACAUUAAAUGCUUUUUUUAUUAUGAAAUGUUUUAAGAAUAAAUUAAAUAAGUGACAAUAUCAAGUUGC